AAAGAAUGAAGUUAUAACUUUAAUUAUAAAUCAGUUUCCCGGUGAGAGAAUUUCUACACGACAUAUCGAAGCAUGGUCGAGGGAACUGAUCUCUUAUUCUACCGUUCAAUCCGGACACUCACUUGCGUAAAUAGCGGCGAAUUCAGACUUACAAUCAAAAUGAUUCUCGUACAAAUGAUAGAUUAGACUAACUGAACGAGAUAUGAACCACCACCUUUUAUACUAAAAACUGGGACUUCCCUAAAAGAAGCGUUACCAUUUUUAUAUACAUCUGUAUAUCAUAUUAUGUAUAUCCCGAGAGUUCGCGAUCUCUGACUCAACCCCUUCCGUGGGGUGGAAACCUGACUAGCCGCGAACGUUCUACAAGCGUACGGAGACGAAAAAGUAAUAUUUUACUUUAGUAAAGCAUUAAAAAUAUUUUAUUUCCUUCUCUUAUUUCUUUAUUUCAAGGCAAUUAAACAUUGCCAGUUAACUCUGAAUGAAAUAUAUCGACUACGGAGAAUCCGGGAGCAGAUUCAGGCCGAACACGGAGGUCUCUCGGGCUCGGGACACGUCGAGUAUGAGCGGUAAGCUCGAAUAUCUGGAAAAGUAUUCGGUAGCACCUUCGCCCAGCAGAGAUUACUACGGGCUGAGAGUGGACGACGAUCAGGUGACGCUCUACCUCUGGCGAAUCUCACACGGUCCACACAAGUCGCCCGUCGUGCGCACCUCCGGUUUCGCCGAUUUCAACCAGGACCUGCGGUUACAAGACGAAAUUCGACGUAUAUUCGGUGAAUAUCUGCUGAAACACAUAAACAAUAUUGCCUGUGGAAGAUACACAUUACUGACGUUGCCGAAGUGUCUGAUUAAAAAGUUGAUCAAAUACCUGACGGUGCAUGAUAUAAUUAAAUUGUCGUCCUUGUCGCACACUUCCAAAGAGAUCUUUGAUAACAAUUUCGUCUGGGAGGCAUUGUACAAGAAAUAUAAACCAUUCUCAACCAGGAACAAGUACGACAAGCUGCGCAUUAGUAAUUGGAAACAGUUAUUUCAGUUCACGCAAAUCGAGGGACUUACGAAUGAUAAAAAAAUGUUGCGUCCUCGUACGAAUAUAAGACAACAGAAACCGGCCACGAAAAUUGAAAAUCCAACAAGACUAAAUGCCAGAAUAGAGAAUUUGUCAAAGUCGAAUCCGAGAAUCGAACAAGCGAUUAAAUAUUCAAGUUCAAACUCGAGAAUAACGUCGAAGACGGUCCAGUCCGAAAGCCAGAUAGCGAAAAGAUUUAUAGAACCGUCUCACAGGAAAACUGCUCCAAGUUCUAUAGCAAGGAAGUUGUCUGAUAAUCGUCUGAAUCAAGUUAACACUGAAAAAGAGAAAUCAAGUACAGAGAAGAAAGCACCAACUAUUAAAUCGCUUCAGAUGGCUGGUCAAAAGAACAUGAAAUCUCUGAGGGAGCAAUCGCUCGCGAAGACCGAUUCGAAACGCGAUUUGGAUAAUAAAGACUUACCUGGUAACAAGAUUCCCGAAUCCAAAGCGAACCGAGUACAAAACAAAGUUAGGAAAGUUGAGACGAAAGCCAGCAGUCAGAGUGUCAAAGCGACGGAGGACAAACUGAAUUUGAAAAACAGAAGUACAACUGCACCGAGGAUCAGCAGUAACAGGAUUGAAAGAAUUUCUCGACCGAUUCAGGAUCAAGGAAAAUCUAAGCCUAAGAGUAAAACGAAGAAGAUCGGGCAAAGCAAGUCGACGAUUUUGAGCACGAGCACUGAUCUCCUCAGCGAACAUUGCGCAGUGAAGGACGACAGCUUCGAUUUAGCCGAUUUGAUCGAGGCAAGCUUGAAGAACAUACGUAGUCCGCGGAGUAUAUUCGAUUACAGUUUCAGUUGCCUGGACAAACCGAAAUCGUGCGCCGGUGACACGAAGGCUCAAGACAUCGUAAGAAAAAUGACGGAUCAUCCGCGAUCUUUGAAGAGCAGUCGCAUCCGAGCACCCCUCGACCGAUUGUCAGAAAAAUCUGAGCCUCUAACUGGAAAAUCGAUGGAUUCUGCUAGAAGAAACGAAGAUGGUACGUCGAACGUGGAACUGAAGAAAUCGAUGGAGACUAAACAUACGAGCAAAGUGCCUGUGGUACCUGAAGAGAAGGCGGAACACUUUGAAAGAUAUGGAAUUUAUAACAAAUUUGCGGCAAUGCAGAAUAACAGUGAACAGAAGAAACCAACACCGACGAAGGAGAUCGAUAAAAUGAGCGUGUUGCGAUCGAUCGGAACGAGAACUUUGCCGGGGAAGCCAAUGAAUUCCGGUGCGGGAGAGAUCAAUCGAAAUGAAGUGAGAAAAACUAUCAACAAUGUUUAUAAGUAUUUAUAAACUUUACUCCAGGCCACUGCCUUUUAAAUUGUUACUAUCGUUUCAAAAUACAUUUGGUGAAAUAAAUAUUAGCGAUCGAUUAAAAUACGAGCGUACACGUUUUCAUAAAAUACACAAAAUAUAUUUUUAUAGUAUUUAUUCUUC